CUGUGCCACAUGUCUCAGGUGACCCUCGACGGUCAUGACAUCCGAGGACUGAACAUCCAGUGGUUUCGCUCUCUGAUUGGCAUUGUGGAACAGGAACCUGUGCUUUUUGCAACCACUAUUGCUGAGAACAUAAGGUACGGCCGACCAGGAGUCUCCAUGGAUGACAUCAUCACUGCUGCCAAAGAGGCCAAUGCCUAUAACUUCAUCAUGGACCUGCCACAGACAUUUGACACCUUGGUUGGGGAGGGUGGUGGUCAAAUGAGUGGUGGACAGAAGCAACGCAUUGCCAUUGCCCGAGCGUUGGUGAGGAAUCCUCGUAUCCUGCUGCUGGACAUGGCAACCUCUGCCCUCGACAAUGAGAGUGAGGCAGUGGUCCAAGAGGCCUUGGAUAAAGUACGCAUGGGCCGUACCACCAUCUCCAUUGCUCACCGGCUGUCCACCAUAAAGAACGCUGAUGUGAUCGUGGGCUUUGAGCAUGGCCGCGCCGUGGAGAGGGGCAAACACGAUGACCUGCUGGAGAGGAAGGGAGUCUACUUCACCCUCGUAACUCUGCAGAGUCAAGGAGACAAGGCUCUCAAUGAGAAGGCUCGACAAAUGGCUGAGAAUGAAGACAUGUCAGAGAAGCGCAGUCUGUCCAGAGCAGGCAGUUAUCGUGCCAGCUUGAGGUACCACACAAACACAUUUCGGAAUCGCACACUGCCCUUUAUCACAUUUGCUUGCUUGUGUAUGAUAUUCCCUUUAUGCAGUCAUGACUGUGCAUCUAAAUUGGAUUAUUACUGUAGUCAUUCUGGGGCUGAAAUUGAGCAGUGACACAGCAGAAAUAACCAAAUUAAUUUACUUAAUUACCCUAUUAAACUUCAACACUUGGACCAUUUAGCUGACACUAUCAUCCACUU